AUGGCUCCGAAUGCGCCUCAGCUUCCCACACGGUUCCCGUGCUGGUGCCGAGCAAUCUACUCAUGGGGAGGGGAAACAACAAGAGACCUCGGGUUUGUGGAGGGUGACUUGAUCGAGUGCUUAAAUGCUGGGGACGGACAAUGGUGGAUGGGGCGCUUGCGCCGGGAUAGGCGUGCGGUCGGAUUGUUCCCCUCCAACUUCGUGGAGCUGAUGAGCGAAGAUUUUGUUCCAAUCAGUCGAGAUACAAGUCAAAUGACCUUGUCAGGCUCCUCGCCCAUCAACAAUCCUACUUCGGCUCCGAAAAAGAACAAAACUGUCUUUCGCAAGCCUUUCCAGGCCCAUAAGGAAGGUCUUGCACCCUCGUCCCAAUUGGCGCGCGCUGGAACUACGACGCCUGUCAAAAGCUCAAUACCUCAGACGCCACCGCGAGCAGGCAAGACUCCGAGACAAGCGAAGCCGCUGCGCACGCAUGCCUCGGCAGUGAGGAACCAGUCAUCAUUAUCACGCCCAUCCUCGGUGUCAUCUCGCCCCUCUUCUCGCGGAGCUUCGAUGUCUCCCCGAACAUCGACAGAGCCCGAAGCUUCUCCUUCUGCUCUCGUUCCGCGAGCGUACACAUCUUCGACACGGCCUCCGUCGCGACAAGCGUCACCUGUUGGCAGGGAAGUCUCGGCAGCACAACCAUCACAUAGGAGUCCAGCCAUGUCUCCCAUGCAUUAUCAAUCUUCUAGCAUAGCGCAACAUCAACCGUCACCCAUAGCGCAACACCAUCACCGUAACUUAUCGCCUAUGGAUCGUGAAGUAUCGCCUUUGCAACUUCAAGAUCGAGAAGACUCACCUCCACCACCGCCUCCCCCACCACACCGAGUUGCUCUAGCCCGUCCGGUCUCUUAUUCACCUCAAUCACUGGAACAGUCUCAUCAUUAUCACGAAUCCUACUCGCCACAGCCGCCACAGCCUCCCACGCAUCAUCAACGACAACAAUCAAACAAUUCUCCGCAGCCACCAUCUCAUGGAUCGCGAGUAUCUCGGUCUCCAACUCCACUGAACAUGAAUGACCGUUACCUGAUGUUUCCACGAAGCCCGUCUCCAGGUGCGCUCUCUGUCCGCUCUGGUCAGUCUGCAGCAUCUGACGCGCAUGGCCGUACGCCCUCCCCUCUGCGAGACGCCAUGGAGGAUGUCAUGACCUCACUGGAAGAUAUGGGUCUUUCUCGCGAUCAACACUCUCCAUCUCCCGAACGCGGGGCUUCACCAUCGCACAUGGCUCCGUCAUUCAACGAUCCAUGGUCUGGAGACACUACCAACGAAAGCACUCAUCGAUCACAACCCCGGGCACGCGGGCGACCUCUCACGUCACUCGGCUUCGAUGGAAGCAAGGAUCACUCACGUGGGAUGUUCGCCCAGCGACACAGCGUUUACGCGCAUGAUAAUUACUUGGAUGGCCCGCCUCAGCUCAAUAACUACGUGCAGCGGAUGGAGAGCCGUCUACGACAGCUUGAAGAUCAGAACAGGCCAUCUGAUGGUCAAGAUGAAGGUCAAGAGGAGGAUCAGCCCCCACCGCCCCCACCAAAGCAUGCAACUUACCAUCCUCGAAAUAAUUCCAUAGCUGGACAGUACGCUCAAGCUAGGUCAGGCCAUGACAAUAGAAGUGACCUACUGAAUCGCUCUUUCACCAAUAAAUCGAGCGCUACCAGCUCCAGUGGGGUUCAAAGCAUUGGAACCACUUUGACGACGAGCACGGAUAAAACACAACAAAGCCUAAUGAGCGGCUUUUCUGCUGGAGGAUUCAGUGCAACAAGCGCCGGUAGUUACGCCAGGAGGAACGGCACCCACCAGAGACCAAAUACCGCCAUGGACUCCAUUAGAUCUCGAGGCUUCAGCGAUGCAGGAAACCCCGACCGGCCAGAGACACCGUUGACUGGAAUCUCAUACCAUUCCAGCCACAAUACAUCCCGCCAAGGUGCUUCUUCUGCGAUACCAUGGAGCUCCACAGACAACGAUGUGGGAGACUCUGGCGGAGUGUUUGGUGGUCUCUCGACUCCAAAGACGAAAAAGCAGGGCUUCUUCAAGAAGAUCUUCGAGUCUGCCAAAACCGGAGCUGCCAGCGCUAGGAGUAGCAUUUCUGUUGGGCAUGGUGGCGGCUCCUUGUCCCCUUCCAAAGGCAAUCGACUCGCCGAUGUGGUUUCACCACUUCUACAGACUCACAAUUCACAUGAGGCCGGACGAGAACUGGGCGCCAGUACUAGCUCCAUCGAUUGGGUGCAAGUUCGCCGCGACGUCAACCGAGCUUCCUCUCCUAGUCGGAACGAGAGAAUCGAGCGAGCGGAGCGAUGUCAGAUGAUGGAUCACCCAGUCAUCUACGCUAUCGAGGAACUGUAUGAUACGGCAGAGGGAGACGAAAGCAUUGACGGACUACCGAUUAGCGAGCCUACCAAUUUCAAUGCUGGGAACCUGACUCUUGUCGACAAGAGUGCGCGGUUUAUUAAUAGUAUUCCGCCCCUGACCAAUCCGGUUAGUCUUGCUCAAGGCUAUAUCUGUCGACCCUACAAGAGUGACGUACAGCGUUUGCGGGCCAUCUUCACCUGGGUUAGUGAGAAGAUCGCCUGGGAGGAACCGCUGGACGGCAUUGAAGUGGAUAUGAAACGAGUACUGCAUGCCAAGCGCGGCAGCCCCCAGGAGAUUGCUUACCUCGUUCACGAGAUGUGCGCGGCGGUCGGCCUCCACGCCGAAACGAUUCGCGGCUUCCUCAAAAGUCCCGGUGAGCCUCUGGAUCUCGAGAGCCUUUCUCGUCCGAACCACUGGUGGAAUGCAGUCUUGGUGGAUGGCGAAUGGCGUGUCAUGGACUGCGCUCUUGCGAACCCCACGAACCCACAACGAAGCAACUUCGUUACCCUCAACAUGUCAACUGCUGAGACGUGGUAUUUCCUCGCUCGACCCCUCGACAUAUGCUUUUCGCAUAUUCCGCUUUACCCCGAAGAGCAACACAUUUGCCCUCCGGUCUCUCCGGAUGUCUUGCUGGCUCUCCCCGGUGUCUGUCCACAAUUCUUCAAGCUGGGCAUGCAAUUCCCAGACUAUGACACGAGCUUGACACGGAUUGAGAGUCUUGAAUGCGUUCAAAUUCGCUUGUUGGUUCCUGCAGAUAUUGAAUGCGCUGCUGAAGUGGAAGCUCCUGCGUUCGCACGCGAUGCCGACGGAGAUUUCUUUGAGAGUGGCGAUAUAGUGCGCAAGCGCGCUUUGGUCCAGCCCGAUUGGGUUCAUGGGCAAAAGCGAAUCACCAUCAAAGCAGUUCUACCAGGGGACGAAGGGCAGGGAGUAUUGAAGGUCUACGCCGGCAAAAAGGGCCUCAUGCAUUCAAGCCGCGACAUUCCACAUCCGAUGGCUCUCGCACUGCCUCUAGUUCACAAAGGAGAAAAUCCUCCCUAUGAUUUCGUCCAGCGUCAUCCUACGCCCCACGCUCAACGCCACGAUUUAUACAUCAUGCAACCCCAAUGCUCGCGCUUGGCAAUCAACAAUACCUUCGUCUUUGCCGUGCGCCAGCAUCCAUCAUCAGCCCAGCCGGCACCCAAGGAUGACAUUCAGGGUAGCGGGAGGGCGUCUCCAUCCAUGUUCAUGCGUCCGUCCAGCGCCUUGAGCAUGGUUUCCAGCAUUGCCGGCGCAUCGACCAUUUCCAGCAAUUCCAAUGAGUUUUCGGCCUCUACGUCGGCCAUUUCUUCCACCCGCUCUGCGUCAGGUCGGGACAAGCCAGCCAAGUUGGCGAUUCAAGCGCCAUCGGGCAAAAUCCUUCGUCUUACCCGCAAGGCUGACCACAUGAUCAGUGCCUCAGAGACGAAUGGGAAUUCUUUCACCGAUGCUCCCGCCGAUGGCAGUAUUUGGGAGACUGUCAUCAAGAUUGGUGAGCGCGGCACUUGGCGCGGUUUGGUCCUUGCAGAUCGAGUUGCACGAUGGUGUGUGUUUUGUGAGUGGGAGUGUGUCUGA